GCACCCUCCUCCCGCCCCGCGGGCCGCCCCUCCUGCGCCAUGGACCCUGCUCGGCCGCUGGGGCUGUUGCUCCUGCCGCUGCUCCUGAGGGGGUCUGCGCUGGGCGAUGCCGCUCAGACGUCCGCAGGAAAUAACGCGGAGAUCUGCCUCCUGCCCCUGGACGAAGGGCCCUGCCGGGCCCAAGUUCCCAGUUACUACUAUGACAGGUACACGCAGAGCUGCCGCCAGUUCAUGUACGGGGGUUGCGAGGGCAACGCCAACAAUUUCGAAACCUGGGAGGCCUGUGAGGAAGCUUGCUGGAGGAUAGAGAAAGUUCCCAAAGUUUGCCGGUUGGAAGUCAGCGAGAACUGGUGUGGGGAAUCCAUAGAAGAGUAUUUCUUCAAUCUAACUUCCAUGACAUGUGAAAAAUUCUUAUUUGGUGGAUGUCAGCCAAAUGAGAACCGGUUUCCAGAUGAAGCUACUUGUAUGAGCUUCUGUGCACCAAAGAAAAGUCCAUCAUUUUGCUACAGUCCAAAAGAUGAGGGAAUAUGCUCUGCUAAUGUGACUCGCUAUUAUUUUAAUCCAAGACACAAAACCUGUGAGGCCUUCACUUACACUGGCUGCGGAGGGAAUGAAAAUAACUUUGUUAACAAGAAAGAUUGCAAACAUGUUUGUGCAAAAGCCUUGAAGAAGGAAAAGAGUAAGAAGAUGCCAAAGCUGCUUUUUGCCAGUAGAAGGCUGAAAAUUCAGAAGAAGCAAUUUUAAGCAAUUUUUGUAUGUCAUCUUGUGAAUGCUUAUUUGUCUUUAUGGUUAUUUGUGAAGAGUAAUAUGGUAGCAUGAGGAAACAAGUCAUUAGAGAUUUAUUCACCAGUUUUUAUUGAUAAAAGUCACUUUUUUGUGUACUUCUUAUAUAUAACUAGCUGCUAUUCAAAUGUGAAUCUAUCAUUUUUAAUUCACUAUUUAACUGUUUAUGAGAUUAAAUUCUUGCCAUGCAUAAGACAUAAAAGCAAAGAUAUAAAAAAGCAAAUAUGACGCACCCAGAUCUUGGGGUUGAUAUUCCUGAUUUCCGAAGAUGACAGUAACUGAAAUAGCGUAAGGUAAUAUAAUCAUGUGCUUUUAACAUAUUUCAGCAUAAAAAGGACUAGCAAGUGUAUUUCAUUUUGCUUUUAAAAGCUGGAUUAUAUUUUAGGCUCAAAAAGACAAAGUUGCAAAUUUACUAACACUUUAAAAAAUAUUACAAGUAUUAUUAUGUAGACACUACUAACAACACUCCCAUUUUGAUUGUUAGAUUGCAGUGUGAUAAAUUAAUAAGGGGAUUUAUUUAAAAGAUAACUUUUUUGACUGAAUUAAAAAGCUAGUCAAUUUAUUAGAAUCAGAAAUAUUCUCCUCUGGGGCAGAGGAGAUAUCUAUCUCUUUCUGUCUCUU